AUGUCGCUGAGGGCACAUGGUUCCGAGGCUGAUUAUCAUAUACAACAGUUGAUUGAUCUCUUCAGAGAGAUUGAUGCCGCUCGGGAUCCCACGCCAUCGAGCAAGUACAUCCCACGCAUCAAGGCAGUAGAGACCAUCGAUGAGCCGCCAAAGGUGUCCAAGCUCCUCAAGAACAAAGCGCGAUGGUGGAUGAUUGUGUUGGGAUAUUGCACUUCAUCGUGCGUGCCCUUCGUGGCGUUCUUGUUCUCAUCGGGAAAGGUAAUCGAGAUUCUAAACAAGAUGGACAAUAAGUAA